GCCCGACCUGCCCGACCCCGUGCUGGUGGUGGCCAGCUACCUGUACCCGGGCUGCAAGGUGCUCGCCGGCGACGACCGGGUGAGCCGUCAUUGUUGUAAUACUACAUCAACAUGCUCACGGUGUGGCUGGCGCCCGCGCCCGACCUGCCCGACCCCGUGCUGGUGGUGGCCAGCUACCUGUACCCGGGCUGCAAGGUGCUCGCCGGCGACGACCGGGCUCUCCGCUGGGUGGAGCGCGAGGGUCGCGCCCUGGGCGUGCGGCGCGCGGCGCGGGUGGCCGUGGGCGGCGCCUUCCACUCGCCGCUCAUGGCGCGCGCCGAGGACGCCGUGCGGCACGCCGUGCGCGCGCUGCAGCUGGCGCCGCCGCGCGUGCCGCUCGUGUCGUGCGUGGACGCGGCGCCCGUGCGGGACGCGGCCGCCGCGCGGCGCCGCCUGGCGCGCCUCACGGCCGCGCCCGUGCGCUGGGAGCAGGCGCUGCACCGCCUGUACGCGCGCCCGCGCUCCGCGCCGCAGCCCUUCACCGUGGCGCUGGGCCCGGGCGCCGCGCUGCGCGCCACGCUGCGCCAGGUGAACGCGCGCGCCUGGGACGCGUCCGUGCUCGUGGACGUGUAG